AUGAUCGCUCUCCUUUUAUUGGGGGUCUUUCUGACCGUUUGGACGCAGGGCUCUAGGGUCGACCACGACUUUAACAGAGUGUCCCUUCUGAAGCUUGAAUCUCAGCGUCCCGCGAGGCAGACAGUUGUUCAGCAGAGACUGGACAGUAAACCUCACGUGACAGAUUUCAUUGUGAAGUCCACCAUCUUUUCUCGCUACGCCUUCACAGCUGUUUCCUGCACCAUGGUUAAUCGGGCUUUUAGAGCCAAGGAUGCGGUUUUCCAGAUGCAGUUUCCAGCUGCCGCCUUCAUUUCCAACUUUACAAUGAUCAUCGGCAAAAGAAUACACCAGAGCGAGAUUUCAGGAAUAGCAAAGCCAUCCAGAGAGAAACAGAAAGGCCACUCUGGGCAAAAUACAGACAGUGAGGUGGAAACCUUCACUGUAACUACAAAGUUGCCUGCAAGGACCAAGGGAUUGUUCCUUCUGACCUACGAGGAACUCCUGGAGAGGCGGCUGGGAAAGUACACACACGUUAUCAGUGUCAGACCCAAGCAAAUCGUUCCGAGGCUCUUGGUGGAGAUCCAUUUGAUGGAGAAUUCUGGGAUCACUUUCCUGGAGGUUGCUCCUUUAAGGACGAGCAAGCUGACCAAUCACAGUGCUGCAGGUCCACCUCCACCAUCGACCAAGAUCAACCAAACCAGGACAUCAGCCCAUGUCAAGUUUGCUCCAACUGUUAAACAGCAAGAUGAAAUUGCUAAGAAUGGUGUUCUGGGUGACUUCAUUCUGAGAUACGAUGUUAACAGAGAAUUGGGAGCUGGCGAAGUUCAGGUUCAGAAUGGGUAUUUUGUUCAUUACUUUGCACCCAAGGAUCUUCCCCCUGUGCCAAAGAAUGUGGUGUUUAUAAUCGACACAAGUAGAUCAAUGGCUGGAAACAAAAUAAAACAGACUAAAGAUGCCCUUUUCACUAUCCUCAAAGACCUUCGACCCAUUGAUCACUUCAACAUCAUCAAUUUCUCUGGGCGCAUCAAGGUCUGGAAGCACGGAAGCCUUGUCCCUGUCACCCAGGAGACCCUCCUGGAUGCCAGAAAGUACAUCUACCUGAUGUCACCUUCAGGAGGUACUAAUAUAAAUGAUGCCAUUGAGACUGGAUCUAAGUUGCUGAAGGAUUAUAUCGCCCAGCAAGAUAAAACUGUUCGAACAAUUUCUUUAAUCAUCUUCUUGACCGAUGGGCGUCCAACUAUCUCUGAGGUUCAGCCUCAGAAGAUUUUGAGCAACACAAGAAAAGCUAUUGAGAAAAAGUUCUGUCUCUUCAGUCUGGGGAUAGGGAGGGAUGUGGACUAUAGGCUCCUGGAGCGAAUGUCUCUGGAAAACUGUGGGGUGAUGCGGAGAAUCAGUGAAGACUUAGAUGCUGCCGCCCAGCUGAAGGGAUUCUUCAAUGAAAUCGGGACACCGCUCCUUUCGGACAUCCGUGUGGAUUAUUCUGAAGAUGCGGUGGAGUACGUGACGCAGAAUUUCUUCACAAACUACUUCAACGGGUCAGAGCUUGUGAUCGCGGGCAAACUGGUCAAUGGCACAGUUGAUAAGCUCCAUGUAGAAGUAACAGCAAGCACCAGUGACAAGCAACUCACGUUGGAGACGGACGUCCCUGUCGAUGAGAGCAGAGAAAUGCCAAGCAGUGUCGAAGGGAAGCCGAGCAACGGUAACUUAAUCCGGAGGGCAUGGGGCUUCCUGGUCAUCAAAGAUUUGCUGAGGUCACGGCUAAAGAAUGGCAACAGCAAAAUAAAGGAAAUUAUUUCGGGGAAAGCAAGAAAUCUAUCACUGGAAUACCAUUUUCUCACACCCCUCACAACACUGACAGUGAAGGGGGUAGAAGAACAGAGCAGCCUAAACAAAGAGAAGGAAAUCUCUGUCCCUGAGGUGAAUGAUGAGGGAGUGCAGAGUCCACGCAAUGUAAAUCAACCAGACACUACCUCUUCAAGAAAGAAAAAGAAAACUGUGGUGAUUUCAAAAACAUCAGCUGAUGGGGACCCACAUUUUAUUGCUGACUUCCCCUUGAGCAAAUUGUCGGUGUGCUUUAACAUAGAUGGUCAGCCGGGAGAUGUGCUCAGACUGGUGUCUGAUCAUGACAACUCAGGUGUAACAGUCAAUGGACAACUAAUUGGAGCUCCGGCACCUCCUAGUGGUCAUAAGAAACAACGGACCUACUUCAAUACCAUCACAGUCAUUAUCAGUAAACCCUCCCGGUCCUACAUCCAAAUCACACCCCACAAGGUAAUCUUUGACAGUCGAGACAGGUUCAUCCUAUCGUGUGACAGAACAAUUGAGGUGGAGAGUGAAGGUUUGGUGGUGUCGGUGACAGCAAAGUCCAAUGUCACCGUGACAAUAAAUGAUUACAUCUCCUUUGUAAUCCUGGUUCAUCAGUAUAAAAACCCGGCCCCAUAUCAGAAGGAUCACCUUGGGUUCUACAUUCUCAACAGCAAAGGACUUUCCUCCAAUGCCCACGGUCUCCUGGGCCAGUUCUUGUACAGCCAUAUCCAGAUCACAAAUGCAGCCAGACCUCCAAGUUGGCAAAAUCAGGCUCUAAUCCCGUCAGGAGAAAGUGAGGCGACCACAGGACCCGGAGCUUCGCUGAGCAUCAAAGGCCGACUGGUUCCAGUGGUGAGGAAACAGCGGUGGAUUUACAAUGGGCAGCACCGUGUUGACUGUUGGUUUGCAAAGAACAAUGCUGCCCGUUUGAUUGAUGGAUCAUAUGGAGAUUACCUUGUGUCACAUCUCUUUGACACAACUACAGGCAAAUCCAAUCAACUCUAACUUCACCAGCUGGAGGGGAAUAUGAAGUAUAAUUUUCUCCACUGCUCCUCAUUGGGUUCAAUAUAUUUUAGGCUCUUGCACCAUCAUGAACGUUAUGCUUUGUUGUCCUGGUAACAACAUAGUUUGCAAAAUUGCAUGAAAGGUGUUUUGAGAUUUCAUUAAAAUCUCAGCCUCUAAGCUGUUUUGAGGUCUGGAAAACCUUUCUCUCAAAUAAAGAGUCUUGUUUUUUUCCAG